AUGAGUUUGGCUGGCGCCAAACUCAUCCUCCCGUUAAUCUUGUGGGAACCCAAGGUCGCCGAAACUCUCAGCCUUCUCCUCAAGGAGACAUUCCUCUAUGACCCCCGAGAGGUUAAAAAAUAUUCGGUGGUAACAAUGGCGAUGUCGAAGACCAUUCUGAUGUUGGCCCUUUCGUUUUUGUUCGCUCUGGUUUGUGGACAACGAAGUAAUCCGCUCGUGGACAGAUGCGGAUGCGCGAAAAUGUUGUACCAGCCUGAACGAGAAGCAAGAAGGGUGGCUAUACUGAACGAAUGUUUGACAGAACACGCCAAAGGAAAACAAUUUCCUGGAGUCCCUGAAGUUGGAGAGUCUUGCUUGUCUGCCAGUCUUCAGGCCUUGAAUAAUUUGAACGCAUUUGCAAGUUUCAUGGGCAGACUUCAAGUGGACCAAAGGAAACAGACGGACAUUUGUUACUACACUGCUCUUGGUUACAGAAACCCUGAUGGCUCAGCAAAUGUUGAAGCAUUGGUGAAGGACAUUGAAGAAGCCGUGGAACAAAAGCCAGGUGUCCUCAGUGACACUUUCAAGGCUAAGAUGAUUGACCUUGCAAGAACUAAGUGCGAUCGAAAGGAGAUCAAGAAGUUUUACAAGUGCGUCUACCAACCAUGCAUUGGAUCCGGACGAUUUCCAGACAUAUGA